AUGACCAUUGCAAACGACCGCGUUCCCCCUCGAACACACCCAACAAUGAGCACCACCGAGCCCUCGAACCUCUCGAGCCACUCCUCUACCCAUCCCCCCACGCCUUCCAAACUGCCUCUUCCCCAUCUCCAUUCUAACCUCGAACAAGGUCUCCCUCACAUCCUCCAAACCCUAACCGAUCUAAAAGCCCCAUCCGACGCCCCCCUUACCGAUGUUUCCGUCAUGCACGCCUGGGAGGUUGACUACGCCCUCUUCGCCCACAUCUCCUCCCUUUCCGAAGCCCUUGCUCAGCAGUCCCUCGGCCUCGGCCCCGUCUACUUUGGCCCAGCCCUCGCUAAUCCGCAUCCGCAGCUCGCCGCCGACCGUGCCUCCUUGCUUGCCGACCGUGCAGCCUUGGUCCAGUCGCUCCGCACCACCCAGGAGCAGUUGCAGAACAUCGUCCAGGCUCGCAUUCAUGCCAUGCCCUUCAAGCCCAGGUUGUACCGCCUGGCGGACCAUCUUAAUUUGACACCCGCCGAGAUUCGCGCCUUCACCUUUAUUGUCCUGUCGUGCGCGGGCGUCGAGGUACCCGGCGCCGAAGAUCGCAGAAACGGCAUGCGUAGCAAGGCUGAACUGUACAAUUGCCGUCGCUUUUCAGGCCUGGAGAGCCAUGAGCUCCUCGACUUUCUCAGCCCGAGUAGAAAACAUUUCAGCCAGGGCUUGCUCGAGGUCGAUGAUGAAUUUGCAGCGAGCUAUCCCGAGUCCAAGUUUCGCGCCCCGAGAGAGGUUUUGAAGGCCAUUUAUGGCGGCACGCUGACCCUGGAUGAAGCCAUGACCUUGGGAGAGUCUUCGUUGUCCACGGUCUUGGCAGAGGAGAGUGGCAGCGUUUUGAAUGGCGAGGUUCCCGCCCGUUCUUCUUCGAAGACGGACGUCGUUCAGGGUAUGGAGAAGGUGGCUAUGGAUGAAUUGUUUGAGACCACCCCGAGCAAUCGUGAUCUUACUACCGAUGGUUCUGCCAUGCACGAGCUCCUGUCUGAACUGCGUAGAGAGGCGCCCCGGCAGACCCCCGAAGCGAAAAAAGCCGAAGCGAAAAAAGCCGAAGCAAAAAAAGCAUCGCAAGGGACGUCCAAGCCCAACAGCCGAGGCGAUUUGCCUCUUGCGCAAGACAGCAAUGGUAGGCUCGAAGAGGAUGACGAAAGUGACUAUCACGAAACCGACGACCUUGGCGACUCGACAGAAGAUGAACAAACAUCAGAUGCGGACGUCCAGCCUUACCAAGAUGAUAUGGAGUAUCUCAAGGAUGGGUUUGAAGUCGUACGAGAGGCUUGCAAAGUCUACAACUUCAGGGAAAAGAGCAGCGAAGAAGAUAGAUACAUGAACACAAAACGUCCCGUGGAAGCAUUGCAGCGUGAGGCUGAUGCCAAACUGCGCAAGGCUACUGGGCACUUUCGCGUCCGCCUCAGCAAGACAGUACAGGUUAACGAAUUCAUGCCCAGGUUGGAGCUGCUUGUGAGCAAACUCAAACUGGUGCACUUCGAACGCAUGGUUAUCCUCACUCUAGUCGGGUCCGUCUUGAGCCAAUCGAUUCGCAAAACAUUGCGCUCCGACCCGUCGGCAGCAUAUGAAACAGGGAUAACCGUGGCCAAGCUGUUGAGAGUGCACUGUCGAGGCGAUCUACGCGAAGAAAUCAAGAUGCGGUCUUUCUUCUAUCGCAACGCCACUCUAAUUCGCUCAGGCAUUGUAACAAUAGAUGUGCCAUACAACAUGCCGUUUUCUGACCUCGGCGAUUUCUGCUGCGAGUUGGAUCACAUGGUCUUAGACUACGUGGCUGGAUUGCAGACAGAGCUUGACGAAAUCAUGGACAGUGCCAGAUGUUACUCGCCGAAGGUAGAUAUGGAAUCCGUCGUACUUCCAGAAAAAAUGAAAUCUCUCGUUCUGCAAAGAACAGAGCACUUUGAUAUUUUCAGAAGACUAAGGAAGGAGGUUGGAUUCGAUGACAUUGUCCGAUACGGAAAAGGAUUGACCCUCUUCUUUCAUGGGAAAUCAGGGACUGGAAAGACUCUCUUUGCAAACGCUCUGGCUUCGCACCUGAAGAAAAAGCUGUUGGUAGUCGAUUUUGCGUCCCUGAACAGCUCAAAACAUUCGAACGCCGAAGCUUAUCGAAUCGUAUUUCGAGAAGCCAAAGUGCAUGGAGCCAUUGUCUUUAUGGACGAGUGCGAUGAACUUUUUGAAAGCAGGGAGCGAGGAGGAAAAGGAGCGGUGACAUUAGCCUUGAGAGAAAUGGAGACUUUUGAUGGAAUCAUGAUUCUUGCGACUAACAGGCCCCAAAUGCUUGACGAGGCUAUGCAUCGCAGAAUCGCGCUUUCUCUCGAAUUUGAGGCUCCUGACGCGAACCUUCGACUCGACAUAUGGAAGAAGCACAUUCCCAAGAACCUACGACUUGCAGAAGACGUAGACUUGAGGGCGUUAGCCAUCGAGUUUGAGCUUACCGGUGGAUAUAUCAAGAACGCAGUAUUCCAAGCUUUGGCUCAAGCAGUGAGCAGGGUGCAAGAAUAUCGGCGGAAGAAUGCAGAGUCCGAAAGUGCUGGGCCUCCAACUGCGUUGGAAGCCGGUGACGUCGUCAUUUCAAUGGAGGAACUGCGCCAGGCUUGCCGCCUUCAAGCUCGAGGGGAUCUGAAGAGAGCAAAGCUCGAGCGACGUGUUUUACCACUGUCUGGUCUGGACAAAUUGGUCACUACAGAAGAAGCUAUGAAGACAUUGAAAGAUAUUGUCAUGGUUGAAAAGGUUCGCGGGUUGAUGACAACUCGCUGGGGCUUCAAGGACAGACAAGUCCGUUCAAACUGCGUCCUAAUUUUCGGUCCAAGUGGGUGUGGAAAGACCUUUGCAGCUGGUUGCCUCGGUUUUGAAACGGGCCGACCGCUGCAGCGAUUGGCAGCGUCUGAGCUUCAUGGUUCUCGCGAAGGGGCAUCUGAGAUUGGAGCUGUUUUUGGCCAGGCUGCCGUGGCCGGCGCAGUUGUCGUGGUGGAGCAUGCUGAGCAGCUCCUGUUUGAAGCAGCGUCACCGGAAACGACAGCUUCGCCUGGACUAGAACUCAUGUUCCAUAUGCAAUCUUUCGAUGGGCUUGUGGUUUUGUGCUGCACAGUCGCUUCGACGUCGACUGAAGCUGGGUGGCCGAAGCACGUGCCCGUUCCAAACCGAGUAAGCUCAUUAUUGAGCUAUCUUGUCGUAUUGACAAUGCCCAACAGAGAAGCGAGACUGCGCUUAUGGAAGCAGCUGAUUCCCGAAGACACCCCAGUACACGAAAGUGUCAAGGAGCACCUCAAUACAAUCGCGACCAAAUACGAGUUCACUGGGGCGCGGAUUGCUUCGUGUAUUCGUCGCGGAGCAGCUGCUGCAGCAAUGCGUCGGAAUAGGGCAGCGCUUGUCAGUGAAGACGAUCAGGAACUGAAGGAAAAACUGACUAUUGAAGACUUGGAAGACGCAUGCAAAGCGGAAGUAGGGCAACGGGAUGCCCUGGGGACAUAA